CAUUUUGACGAAUGUAUAAUAAAAAACAAUAUCUAAUUUCUUAGUGAUAUAAAAAUUCCUAUUUGAAUUGUGAUUCUCAUAUGUGUGUGUGCAUCAAACACCAUGUAACUAUACCACAUUGUCUAAUAUGGUUGAUAUUAUACCUUCCCUAAUGAAACAUUAGCUCAGUUUGACAUGGAAAAGUGUUGUAUCAGGGAGCUCUAUGGGUUAACUGAGGCUUGGGGAAACCUGGUGCCAAUUAAGUGUGUGGAAUGCCACAUAUAGACAUUUCCUCAGAACUUCCAGCACAGGUUGCAGAGCACAUGCUCCCUCCAGACACAAAUUAUAACACUUUAACAGCUUCAAAUGUGUGUUCUAGUCACCUUUUUCCUUUCACGGCUCGGAAAGUACCUUCCAAACUGACCAUGUGGAUAUUAUAUUUGCCUCCGCUCUGAUCUUCAUUGGAUUACAAGGGACUCAAUUUUUUUGUCAUUUUCUUUAAGUGCACAUGAUGGAUUCUCAGAGGUUUUUACUUCUCGUCUGUCUCACGAUGUGCGGCAGAGACAUUGAAAGUGCAUCUGAAAUAAGGUUGCCAGAUCAUCAAAGCAGAUCAUCUCAUGUCCAGAACCGAUAUUCAAUAUACGCUUCAAGACGCCCCUCGGUUCCCUACACCGUCAUUCAUCCCAGCAGAACCGGCAGUCUGAGAGAAAAUCCGAGGACCAUCACGGCUGAGGUGUUGAACCCACAGGGUGGUUGCACGGGUGGAGGUUGCCAUGGCUCGCAGAGACCAGCAAACAACCACACAAAAGAGUGCAAAGGCAUCGGAUGUAAACUGCCUGUAAGGAUGCGACAAGAUCCCAAACAGCAUUCCUGUGUUGGAGACGCCUGCAGCACAGGGUCAGAUGCUGGAAGGAGCAGACUGUCUUUUGUCCAUAUGCAGGACAGAGCCGAGCAAGUAUCGGUGGAAUUUCCGGAGUUGGGGACUCAAGGGGGUCCAUCAUCUGGGAUUCAGUUAACAUGCGACAUUAAGCCAGGCACAAAUGAGGUCAAUUCUGAAGAUGCUUUAGUGCUGCAUUUGCACUUGGCAAAGGGUCAGGAUAAACUGGUUGCACAGCUGCAUGGGCAGCAAGAGGAGGUUAAACAAAUCCAGAGCGCGCUGAGAGAACAGCAAAGUGCUCUUCUAGCCCACCAAAGAGAAAUACUGGACCAACAACGGAUCAUGUUUGACAAGAUGGAUGAAGUCAAGACUCAAUACAGCCUUCUUCUUGACAGUGUCAAACAGUUGACUGUAGUAAGCCCACAAGGAGGCAUUGAGAGUCAUUUGGAAGGUCUCCAAUCUCAGGUUAGGACCUAUUCUCAAGAAGCCUUCACAAUGCAUAAGAUGAACAUGGAUGCUAGUGUUACGGAUGCUGACAGACCUCUUAUUGGAUGUGGAUCCUGCCAAACAGAUGAGUAUUGUGACUUCAGCGCUGAGAAGCCCCGUUGUGAGAGAUGCACCGUUUGCCCUCCAGGAUUCUUUCUGGUUGCUCAGUGUUCAACUCAUUCUGAUAGGAUCUGCCAGGACAGAGACGAAUGCCUAGAGAUACCAAACCUUUGUAAAGAACACAACCAGUGCCUCAACACUCCAGGAGGGUUUCGAUGCUCCGACAUGUCGGAGAGACUAGCAGCUGCUGGGAUUUGUGGCCACUCUUAUUUUUACAACUCUGAGAUGGAGGAGUGUCAAGCUUGUACAGAAUGUGAUUCUCAGCCAAUGAUAUCCCCAUGCUCAGCGGUGAGUGAUGCAGUGUGUGCCAACCCAUCCGAAAGCAAACUCUCUCUGUCCUGGUCAGGAAGUGUCGACCUUCCUAAGGGUAGUGAGCUUACUGAUAAGCAACUUCACAUCCGUGGCAACAGCGAUGGACGCCUUCUUUCCUGCACGGAUGGUUGGAUAGUCCUAUACCAGCAUGGUCUUGUUUGGGUUGACCAUAACCUUGCUUUAAAACAUGGCUGCCGCAGCUUUGUUCAAGCGUGUUUACGAUUGAAUGCCAGUGAAGAUGGAGGUCGGGAUUUGAGUGGUAUGCGUUUGGAGCAGCGGGACACCAGGUCUCUCCAAAGUGCCAGUGUGAGUGGAGCCACGGCCGUGGAGCCGGGACACAUACUUUACCUUUCACUCAAGAGUGCCACCAACCAGUGUAGCCAAAACAAUGAUGACGUCCACCUGCAGGGCAGCCUAUUGUCACCUUUCAGUCUGCUCUGGUUGUCCCAUGACACGGGUGCAGUGGCUAUGACUGCCCAGGCCGUUGCCUCUGCACAUUACCACACCAACUACCGUCCUGCCUUCCGGACGUCAUCCAUCUCUGACCCCUAUGUGGUCAGCCUGACUCAUGACAAUCGUGGUGUCCGCUUCAGGGAAAGUGGCACUGUGAAGUUUGUCCUUCAGCAAGCAUUGUACUCCAUGGGUCAAGCCUGCAUCUCAGAGGGUUUCUACUUACUUGCAUACCUGAACCGCAACGGGAGCAGUGCUGAGCUGACUCGUGCAUUCAAGCCUGGCGUUCACUACAGAGACACAUCCAUAUCUCUGUCAGCUGCCACCACUGUGGAUUCUGGAGAUAUGCUCACCUUCGAGAUCCUCGCGCCUACACAGUGCAACGUUCGCUACUUCGGCGAUGACUCUGGGAUUAGCAUUCUCAGUCUUCUUUGGAUCCCUUCUUCGAUGUCCACAGCCUUGUCGGCUUCUGUGUCGAGGAAAGGUCUUCCUACAGGUGCAGUUAGGAAUAAGGCCUUGUUCUUCCAUCAGACGACUACAUCAGUUAAACAGGUCGCACUUGCUGGAACCAAAGAUCACAGAGACUUCAUCUUUCGGGAAGCUGGGACAGCUAGCGUGGCCUUAGAUCUCCGGCUUAUCCAUUCUUGCAGUUUAAUUAAACUCACCUUGCUUCAGCAGAACGGGUCUCAGGGGGUUCAACCAGCUCCUGUAGCUCAACAAAUCGGUGGGCAAAUGCCAGAAGGAAGUUUGUGGGCAAGUGUGGGACUGAGGGUAUCGUUUCAGGUGCUUAAUGGCACUGUAAUCUUUGCUACAGUGGAUUGUGUGAGGGGGCGCAUUAAUCAAAUUGCCUAUGAUGCCGGAAGUAGCAUUUCUAUCCUAUGGGCUGCUGCAUGAUCUUAGCAUGAUUCAGUUAGCAUGCAGAUCUGUGUACUUUAUGAAUUAAGCCUGUUUUUUUUUUGUUAUGUUUUAUUUCGGGAUUAAUUAGUUAAUAAAUAGGAUUAAUGAACUUUUACAGCCAAAACAAUAAAUUGCUUUAGAGUAGAUUAUUAUGCAUUUUUAAAUGGAAAAAAGUUAACAAAAUUUGACUUUUUUAUGAUUAUUUACACAUUUUAAUGUGACUGUUGUAUGUUUUGAUUCCAUAAGUUUUGUAUAACAUUUUCCUUUCAUUAUGGUGGCUUGAGAAAGCCAACAUACUGUUAUACUACAUAAACUUAUCCUUCUUCCGUCUUCUUUUGAGACCAAUUUCUAUAUGCAUCUCCUUCUAAACCAUUCAAGCUUUAUAAACCAAACUCUAAACCUCCAAACUUGUCUGACUCGAGGUGCUAUAUCUUUUCCAUCUGAUCCGACUUACGGUUUUCCAAAAACUGGCCAAGAAAAUUCUGAAAAGUCCCAUUAACUCAUACCUGUCAACACUGUUUUUCCCGCAAGUCUCUCGUAUUUCAGACCCAUCUCCCGUUUUUUUUUCUGUCUCCCAGCAUUUUGGUACAGUCCCCAUGCACACCAAACCCAAGGUGCAUCCAUCUUCAUACACCCGCUCCCCACUCUUCAGUUCGCACGCAGCACAACGCUCUGCACCAACCAACCCCCCCCCCUUCGACCGCAACAACCCCCCGGUUUCCCGGAUUUUAUAAACCAAAUGUUGGCAGGUAUUAACAUUGGACCAAACUUUGUGACCUUAUAACUUUGCACCAGACUGUCAUACAGACUUAAGGUUGGGCUCAUUUAACUACCAAUCUGCCAAUCCCUGAUGACCUUUCAACUUACUAGCCACACCUUAGCAACCGAUUUUUGACACCCCAGCAACUGUCUCAAUGACUUUCAUUGUAAAGAAAAAGUGCCACUGACUUUACAUUGAACAUAUAACAACAUACCAAUUCAUACUAGCAAUAUACUAGUCCAUACUAGAAACAUACUAACGACAUACUAAUUCAUAUAGAAACAUACUAACAAACAUUAUAACAACAUACUAUUCAUACUAAAAUCAUGCUAACAACAUGCUAGUUUAUACAAAAACAUGCUAGCAUCAUGCUAAUAACAGGCUAGUUUAUACAAGAAACAUGCCCAGCAACACCUUAGCAACCACAUAAAACAUCGUAGCAACUUAUCUUAGUAACCACUCAAAACACCCUAGCAACCACUUUAACACCUAGAACAUCCUAGCAAUGCCUUAACGCCUGCCUAGCAAACACUCAGAACACCCUAGCAACGCCUUAGCAACCACUCAGAACACUCUAGCAACUGCCCUCGUAGCAAAGAAU